CACACAUCACUGCGCGCUUUGCGAUGGCGCUCGCCUGGCUAUUCGCUCCUUGACGGCAUAAAAUACUGUCCCGAUAGGUCACAAAUCUGAUUCCGCACUACCUCCCUCAUCAACAAAAAUGUCAUCCCCCGACCACCUCUCCCAUCUCCUCGCCAAAGCCGCCCUCCACUUCCACGGUGUCCGUCCCCUCCUCCCCAUGUACCUGCACCUCAUCCUCUCCGCCCUCUUCCCAAUCUACGCCGGCGCGCACGCCUCCCUAUCCCGACCCUCGUCCGCGGCAAAAGCCCCGAGAAAGACGAAGAAAGCAACCGAUUCCGACGACGACGAUGUAGAUGAAGACAAGGUGCAGAAGAUGGAGGGCCUCAGCAAUACCGAUGCCAUCAUCUUGCCAGUAACGGCGGGUAUCACUCUGACUGUGCUCUACUUCCUUAUCAAGAAGUACGGGGCUGAUGUCGUCAAUUUGAUCAUGGGGUAUUACUUUGCUGGCGUGGGUGUUUUCAGCGUGGGGCAGUUGGUGAACGAUGCGGCGAAUUUGGGUGUGGGGUUUGUGUUUCCGACGUACUAUUGUCACAAGGGAUCGUUGUAUAAGGUGAACUCCAGGGAGCGUAGGGUUGUUCGUCAGGAUGAGAGCAAUGCUGCUCCUGAAACGAGGAGUUCGCCCCUACCGGGUGCAUUAGGGUCUCUCGCCUCAGCCUUGCGUUUGGAUGGUAUCCUCUGGACGGUUCGGCGCAUCUUGAAGCAGAAGCUCACGAUCAAAGCCUACGUGAAGACCAUUAUCGACAUGAACAUCAACGUAACCAUCAUCAACCUCGCCUCCGCCUUCGCCGGCGCAGCCACCAUCGUCUACGUCAACACCGUCGCCAAACCCUGGUUCCUAACCAAUGUCCAAGGCUUCGCAGUCUCCUACUCAGCCCUCCAGCUGCUGUCUCCCACCACCUUCGCAACAGGCAGCCUCAUCCUCAGCGCCCUUUUCUUCUACGACAUCUGGGCCGUCUUCUUCACACCCCUCAUGAUCGCCGUCGCCACGAAUCUCGACCAGCCCAUCAAAAUGGUCUUUCCCCGGCCGGAUGAGCCGAGUGAGAUACCAGGCGAGCCUCCUACCAAGAACUUUAGCAUGCUUGGGCUCGGCGAUAUCGUCAUUCCCGGCAUCAUGAUUGGGCUGGCUCUUCGCUUCGACCUGUACAUGUUCUACUUGAAGAAGCAGAAGAAAUCCCGCAGCCACAGCGCUGCUCAGUCUCCUUCCCGCAAAGCCAGCAAAACCGCGGAAGAGAGGAGAAAAGCGCCGUACGUUCCCGUUACGGGCCGCUGGGGCGACAGGUUCUGGACUUCGGGUUUGCUCUUCUCCUCCUCGCCAUUGCCCGAUCAACUCCGGACCUCCUUUCCGAAGCCGUACUUCACCGCUUCCGUUGUUGGCUAUGUCGUUGGCAUGAUCACCACCGUCCUCAUCAUGACGAUUUACCACCACGGACAGCCAGCGCUGCUAUAUCUCGUGCCGGGCGUGCUGAUCAGUUUGUGGGGCACGGCUUUGGUGAGGGGUGAGUUGCACGAGAUGUGUAGUUUCAGUGAAGCUGUCAACGCCGUGCAGGUGGAGGAACGGAGCGAGGAGGGGAAAGAUAAGGUAGAAGAGGAGGUCAAGGAGGAGAAGCAGCCUCGGGGACUCUUUGAGAGGCUUUGGUGGGAGCUGUGGAGGGCGGAUGAUGAUGAGAAGGGGAAGAAAGCGAAAGAGGGCGAGAAGUCUUCUGAAUCUGAGAAGGAGAAGAACAAAACGUCGAACGAGAAGGAAGAGAAGGAGAAAGAAGGCGUCUUCUUUUCCUUCUCCAUCUCCCGCCAGGAUCCUCGUGCUUCGGCGAAAGCCUCGAGUAGGCGUCGAGGCCGCUCGGUCGCAUACGACGAUGGUCUUGCGGAGGCUUCCCCGAGACGGGCGGCAAGAUCUCCCGGCGGCGACGUUGUGUCUUCUCCGGAGGUUCAGAACACCGGCGUUGAGGAAACGCCACGGCUUCGGGCUCGGAGUACGAGAGCGGCGUCUUCUCGGAGGCGCUGAGUUGCAUUGACUUGGGAACGCACAAGAAGGACGUUUUGAUGAACUUUACUGUAUGGCAACGGUGGUUCUGUUUCUAGCGAACGACUUGGAGUUGAGAUCUGAUCCGGACAAUCGGACGUGCAUAUGUUAUCAGAUUAGGCAUGAGAUAGAUGAAUCGUCAGACACCGAUCGAUACACCGUGGUGUCUGUAUCCAUCGUGCGUCAGUGAUGAGAUGAAAGCGAUAUUGUAAGCAUGGAGGAGAGAUGUAGUUCGGAGGAUGGCGCGGCGCCCGCUCGAAUGGGACGCGGCGCCAUGUCGAUCCGCCACCGCCUCCCCGCAACGGCCGGAGCCGCAACUCUCCA